GCCGUUUCACGAACACGUCUCGUCGUGUAUACCGCAUCCUGUCGCGUUCUAUCCACGAGAAAUAUUCGCAAUAUCCUUUGGUUGUACAUACUGUUUCGUAGCACGGAACUUUCGAGGGUGGCUCGCGGUGACACGCGGAUUUUCUGUAACCCCGUCCUAUCUGUGUCGGGAGUUGCACUCCCUGGGAGCGGCAUGCUCAACAACAUCUCCGCCGGCGGUUCGGUACACGGUAUUCCCGGAGCGAAGGAUCUUCAUGCGCAGGACCUGAAGAGGCACGAGAAGUUGGACGGCGUGCUGGGAGUGAAUUUGGGCACCGGAUUGUCUGCCGGCAGUGGUCUCACGCUUCAUCAGGAAUUAAUCAUGACGAUGCCUGGCACGGGGAACGCGGCUGCGAUUGGACAAGGUGAUGACAAACCUGCCAAGCAGAAACGGCACCGAACGAGAUUUACACCGGCCCAACUGAACGAACUGGAAAGGUGUUUCAAUCGAACACACUACCCGGACAUCUUCCUCAGGGAGGAGAUAGCUGUGAAAAUUGGCCUCACGGAAAGUCGAGUACAAGUGUGGUUUCAAAAUCGUCGAGCAAAGUGGAAAAAACGGAAGAAGUGCGGUCCAGUUUUUCGUUCCCCGCCAGGUCCAUUGCUGCCAUCGCAUGGCUUGCCUCCUUUUGGACCGAUGAGUUCCGACCUUUGCGGUGCUGGAAUGUUCAGUGGACCCCCUGAAAGAUGGACAAUGGGAACAGGUCUUGGACAAUUGGGACAAGGAGGCAUGGGAAUGGGUGGUUUCGGCCAAAGUUUAGGACAACUUGGUCAGCAAAGUACAGGGAGCCUCGGCUCGAGCUUAGGUCUUGGUAAUUCUGGACUACCGAUCAGCAGUCCGUCGCAGGCCGUCUAUCAAGCCAGUUAUGGUCUAAAUUCCCUUGGGGGUGUUCACGUGUCAGCGUCCCGGGGCUCGCCGCCAGGAGGAUCCAGCGUGGGCGGUGGUCAGGGUGGCGGGUUGGGAUCGGCCUUGAACUGCGGCCAGGGCUCGCCUGGAACGACUUCCGGCAGUGGAGGCGGUGGCGGUGGUGUUUCCUGCGUGGCUGCCGACGUGAACGCAACCGAGGCGUCGGAUUGGAGAGGCGCCCACAGCAUCGCAGCGCUUAGGCGUCGUGCCUCGGAUGCGUCGCAGCAAUACAGUCCACAGCCACCGCCACCACCCGCAGGACCUCCUCAAUACGCCCAGGACAUGGAGUACAAUUCCGUUUACUGAGGCCCUGCCAGUUUUACCAUUAACUCGACGAUAAAUCCUAUCGGGGAAAUGUUUCAAGGAUUCCCUUCGUGGAUGGUUCCGAACGGUCAACGUGCAGGGUAGAGGGUCGAAGUAACGCGUAACAAGAGCGAAGGACACAUUGUGCCAGGAUGUUUCUCCCUGCUCCUCGUUAUUGUCACCCGGAUAGCAUGCAUCUCUGUUCGCCACGACAGGUGUACGAUUCCGAUUUUUAGCGAUUUCAACGAUGGACAGCGUCGUAGCACCGGAUUCUGUAUGUUGAGAUGGUCCCGAUGAUAAUAAGUAUUCGUUGUUACGUUUGUUAUCUUUGUUCUCGAGUUAUGUAUGACUAAAGAAGAAGGAGAAGAAAAGAAAGAAAGAGGAGGAGGAGGAGGAGGAGGAGGAGGAAAAGAAGAAAUUGGGCAAAGGAUUUUGAUGUUACGUUACUGGACUGACCGUGACAAAAUGAUAAAUUCAAGUUACACAAUGGACAUGUAUAGAAAGUUUGUCACUGUUAGAAACUAAGUCAACAACAACGAAUUUUAGUUGUCUCUAUGAUGGUUAUAGAAGACACGUACUCUUAAUGUUUGUUUUAUUCUUGCUUGGCUGGGUCAAUUUGCAAUCACGAAUAGGAUUCAAGCGACUGUAAAAUUUCAGCGGCGAUGCUGAUGUUUGUUUCUUCUGACAACCGUACGUGUGAUCGUGAUAUUUGAGAAAAGUGAGUCGUUGGACCGAACAAGUAUGAAUAAACAUUGCGAAGGUCCUCGAAAGAUGAAUGUCAAACGCGCGAGUAACUAAGAGGGAAAGGCUUCGUUAAUUAAAGAUGUAACGUAUUAGUGACUUCUUCGAGAGAAUUCGUGUCAUACUGAAGCUGUGCAACGCUGAGAAAAUGCGGUGAUCACUUCAUAUAGUAUACAUAUAUUAACUUUAUCACGGAUACUCAUCGGACGAUUUGCUACGUUCCAUGCAUUUGUAACAUGGCUAAUUCCAAAUUUAAAGUUUGUACACCAAUAAUUCCAUCAUUGUGUGUUAUAGUUGAAACGGAUUUGUUUGAUCUUAUCAAUAUUUUACAACUGUAUGUAACGUUUACUUCGUUGACUUCCUCACGAAUUACUUAUAGGUAAAUCGAUCGAUUAAUUUGGCGGAGAUUGAAAUCAGUUGAAUGAACGAGAGUUUAUUUCAACAUUACGAAAUAUCACUUUACAUCCCAUUCCGAAGAAAUCUUGCGAAUCAUAAAUAAUAAAUUCUCGCGCCGUGGCACGGUGUAAUGAAAAAGUAUACGACAAGUUAUUAUAGUAUUACGUAUGGCAUUGUAAAUAUAGUGAAAAGAUCGACGUAACAACUAUGAUCGAUUAUAAUUAUUACUAUUAAAUUUAGCGAUAUCACUGAUAACUUUCUGGAGAAAUCUAGUUCCGUUGGCUUACGGUUCCCUUUACAAACCUACUUUUUUAAAACCAAAGCAACAGUACUUCCUUAUAAUUUUCUGCAAACCCGCUUCAACCCAAACUGUGCACGAUCGCUUUAAGCUUUAAUUAUUAAAACCAAUAAUUUGUAUAUGUUGAAUAUGCAAAAGGGGAAGAAGCUAACCUUUCUCUGUUCUCUUUAUACUUUGAACGCAAACAGGUUUCAUUCUUGAAGCACGUCGAAAUGUAAGUAAAUGCUCGAGAAAAGGUAACGUGUAUUGAACAAGGAAUUUCACUUGCUCCAAAAAUACAGUAUGUGUGUGUGUCUGUAACGUUGACUCUUGCAUGAGAAGAACAAUACUUCGAGCAAACUAAAAUGCAGGUUAAAUGCACUUCCGCGUAUCGCGUUUCCCGAAUAUCCUAUCCUAGAACGCUGCAAGCUAUAGAUCGUUUCUGUUGUUGUACACCGGAGCGUAAGUUUUGUAAAUAGAGUAUACGUCUAACAAUUAAUAAUAAUUGAAUAUUGUAAGCGAACACGACAUCACAUUUACGAACGAACGUACGCAAGUAUACUUGGACAUUGUGAUAUUUUAGGCUCGCUGUUGCAUUUUUUCGACAGUGACGAGCCGUGUACAUGAUAUUGCAAGAUGAAUAAGCGGUACCACGUUAGUGAUCGCGAGUGACGACGAACGUCGAUUAUUCUAGUUACGAAUUUAUGGUAGUCAUAGGUAAAACUUAGUGAUAAAUAUGAAAUGAACGAUAUGCAGUUGUCAGUGUAUUACUACGAAACGUAUACGAUUUUUAAUGUACAAAAAAAGAAAAAAAAAAAAUAAUGGUAUAUAGCUGCGAGACGACGUCUUUUCGCAAUUUCAUCCUGCUGGUACGAUUUGUGUUCGGGAUGAGAUAACCUAUACUCGAACUGAUCUUAGCGAUUCUUUUGUUUCCUCUUCUCUUGUCGCUCGUUCGUUUCUCUCCUCGGAAUAUUUUCUACACACCUACCGACUUGGACGUUUUUAUACAUAUUUAAAUAAAAUUAAACACCUGCGUAUACAAGACAUUUACAAAGUGUCUCGCGAAAUUGCGUUAUGCCUCUCGUUGAACAGUACGAAAGAUAUAAUAUUUAUUUAUCGGCUGCGUGCGUGGAUAAAGCGAUUUUACGGAGUUCGAGUCUGUCAAAGUAUCGUGCUUGCUGGCGAUUGAAUUAAACUGCAUCUUAUGACGUAUCUUACGACGAUACGAUUGAUUGCGUAUUUCGCGUGAACGUUCUCCUUUCUUUCUUGGCCCGUUUACAGUUUACAAGCAAUGAAAUAUAUUUGAUAGAACGUGUCGCAAAAGAAUGGACUGACUUUAUGCAUCUUUAACACAAAUCAUUAUCGUCAAUGACCUUAAUUAAUGAUAAAUAGAAAAAUUUUAAUUUUUAUCGUUGUAUAGUUGUGUA